CAACAGUAACGUCACACGGACUACAGGGGAGUUUUGUUGAAGUUGCAAAGUCCUGCAGCCUCCAGAGGGCUGUCGGCGCAGUAGCAGAGAGCAGCAGAUUCCGCGCGCUCCGGAGACCGGCCGUAGAGCGCCAGGCAGAGCGCGCCAGCAGCAGCAGCCACCGGAGCCCAACCCGGACCACAGCCCUCCCCAGGCGGCCGCGCCAUGGAACACCAGCUCCUGUGCUGCGAAGUGGAAACCAUCCGCCGUGCGUACCCUGACACCAACCUCCUCAACGACCGGGUGCUGCGAGCCAUGCUCAAGACCGAGGAGACCUGCGCGCCCUCCGUGUCUUACUUCAAGUGCGUGCAGAGGGAGAUUGUGCCGUCCAUGCGGAAAAUCGUGGCCACCUGGAUGCUGGAGGUCUGCGAGGAGCAGAAGUGCGAAGAGGAGGUCUUCCCGCUGGCCAUGAACUACCUGGACCGCUUUCUGUCGCUGGAGCCCCUGAAGAAGAGCCGCCUGCAGCUGCUGGGGGCCACGUGCAUGUUCGUGGCCUCCAAGAUGAAGGAGACCAUUCCCCUGACAGCCGAGAAGUUGUGCAUCUACACUGACAACUCUAUCCAGCCGGAGGAGCUGCUGCAAAUGGAACUGCUUCUGGUGAACAAGCUCAAAUGGAACCUGGCUGCCAUGACUCCCCACGAUUUCAUCGAACACUUCCUCUCCAAAAUGCCAGAGGCGGAUGAGAACAAGCAGAUCAUCCGCAAGCAUGCGCAAACCUUUGUGGCCCUCUGUGCCACAGAUGUGAAGUUCAUUUCCAACCCGCCCUCCAUGGUGGCUGCUGGGAGCGUGGUGGCUGCGAUGCAAGGCCUGAACCUGGGCAGCCCCAACAACUACCUGUCCUGCUACCGCACAACGCACUUUCUUUCCAGAGUGAUCAAGUGUGACCCGGACUGCCUCCGCGCCUGCCAGGAACAGAUUGAAGCCCUUCUGGAGUCCAGCCUGCGUCAGGCCCAGCAGAACAUUGACCCCAAGGCCACCGAGGAGGAGGGGGAAGCGCAGGGAGAGACUGACCUGGCCUGCACACCCACCGAUGUGCGAGAUGUGGACAUCUGAAGGCCACCACCGGCCAGGCGGGAGCCACUAAGUAGUGGCAGCCCGCGAUGAGAAAGGAGCUAGCCCGGGGCGCUCCUAACGAUGUUCCUCUUAGGGACAUUUGUUACCAGAAAGGGAAGUUUUGUUCUCUUUGUUGGUUGUUUUUCUUUAAUCUUUCUCCUUUCUAUCUGACCUAAGCAAAAGAGGAAAAAAAAAAUACCUGAAAGUUGUCUUAAAGAGAGAGAGAGAGAUAGAAUUUGCAUCACCCUGAGUGUAGGGCGGAGGGUGCUACAAAAAUAGGAUUUUAUACCCCAGUAAUCAACUAGUUUUCUAUUAAUGUGCUUGUCUGUUGUAAGAAUAGGAUUAACACACAGGAAGUGCCCAGAAGGAUUUUGAUUUUAUGUGUUUUAAAAGCUUGAAAAACAUUGCUUUAAAAAAGGAAAAAAAAAGGCAAAUAGAGCAAACCAUUGUUAAAGUAGAAGAGUUAGCUAGAGAACGUGCUCGCUUUGCUGAAAGACACAGCUUGGGCGGUCCUCAGCCUCACUCCCCUGCAUGUUCUUGGCUGCCACUGCCAGUCACCUGUUUCCUGCGCCUCAUCCCAGGGAUGAGUAGACCUCUUCACUUACUGAUGGUCGGUGCGACCUCUAGCGGUCUUGCAGCGUGUGGCACCCCCCAGGGCUCUCUCCCAACGUGCAGGUCCAUAGCAGUGUGCUCCAGUAGAGCGGGGAUGAGAUAGUGGCAUCGUAUAUUCUAUUUUUGUAAUCUUCCUAUUUUGUAGUUCCUGUUUAAAGAGACGCUGGUUUUUGCCUGCCGGCCUUGCAGCCCACUCACAUCAGGUUAAACCCACAGCUUUUCUCUUGUGUGUGUGAUUUGUUCUGUUUUGUUGUGUUUUCCUUCUCCAUGUUCCAAAACCAUUCCAUCUCAAAGCACUUUCGGUCAGCUAGCUGGAAGCAGUGUCGCUAGUGUGUGUGUGUGGGGGGGGGGGGGGGAGUCUUAAUGGAAUGGUUGGGGGUAUCCACACACUCAUGGCUUCUCAAUACAUGUGUGGCACAGUAGGGCUGGUAGCAUGGGGUACUUGGGAAGUUUCUUUGGGUCAAGGAGAGAGAACUCUGUUCUCGCACCGCCAGGAUCUGUCCUACAGAGAAGGUGAAUUGAAGGGAUCCUUUGGUGCCAGCUGGUGUUUGGAAGUAGGAACUGUGAUGGCAUUACCUGGACAGUGAGGGGAUUUUAAACACUAAAAUGUCUAAUUUAUACUUAAGGCUACAGAAGAGUAUUUAUUGGAAAGGCUGCCCAUGGCCAGUAUGAUUUAUACAGCAAUGUGAUCUCCCUUGAUUCAAACGCACACCUUCUGCCCUUGCUGGCGAAGGUGCCAUGUCAGAAAUUGGUCUUUUAGUGGGGAGGGGAGGGAUUCUCAAGAAUCAUAUAAAGACGGGCAUUUGGUUUGCUUAACUUUCCAAACCCAAACGGCCCCAUUGGAGAGCCAUCCGAACUAAGGAAAACUAGGGGAUCCCAAAUGAGUUUUAUUCUGGCACAUUCUUGCCAUCGCUCCCCCCCCCCCACCAACAGUAGGUAAUUUGUAUUGUGCUUUUCUAAUUAGGAAGUGUUGAAGGGAGGUGACGAGCGGGAGGCUGGAGAGAGGACGUGAGGGAAGUGUGUGGAGGGUAGGGACCACACGGGACAGGCUGCGGCUCCUUUCACAGCGCUGCUACCGAUGACUCCCGGCAUCCCAGACGUUCGGACCCAGAUUCGCGUCGCUUUGUAUCUUUCACAUUGUUUUCGCUGCUAUUGGAGGGUCAGUUUUGUUUUGUUUUUUUACAAUGUCAUAGACUGCCAUGUUCAAGUUUUAAUUUCCUCAUAGAAGAUUGUAUUUACAGAUGCCCUUUUUUUGUACUUUUUUUUUAAGUUGUGAUCAAUUUUGGCUUAAUGUGAUUACCGCUGUAUUCCCAAAAAAAAAAAAAAAAAAAAACAGGUUCCUGUUCACAAUACCUCAUGUUUCACCUAGCCAUGCACGGGCCUAGCAGGCGGGUAGUCUGCCUCCUGGGACUGGUCUGGUGGGGAUCAUCCCCCUGCACCUGUCAUGCUGGGCCCUUCAUUUGAUCUGGGACAUAUAGCAUCACAGCAGUCGGGACAACUGUAUUUUUCUUUGUUAAUUAUCAAUAUUGUUAUUUUUGUAGCGGCCUGUUGUGCAUGCCACCAUGCUGCUGGGCCCGGAGGAAUUUGUUCUGAGUCUCCGGUGCAUCAUUUAUUGUUAGGUUCUAGUAUUCUGUCUUGUUUUGUGUUAAUUACAGCAUUGUGCUAAUUUAAAGACUUCAGCCUCGGCAAAGCCAGCUCCAGUGCUGCAGGCCUCCAAAUUCCCUAGCUAGCUGUCAAACCAAAAUGGCCACCUCCACGGUCACCACCAACCUAGCUGAGGCAUCUGAACCAGGCAAGACCCUUGAGGGCCACUGUGUUUUCAUGGUGACGGGUGAGGGUUUGGCCAAAGGCUGGUGGUGGGUCCACGGAGUCUGCCCUGUGACAUGAAAGGCUUUGAGGGGCUCUGGCUGAUGGCCAAGUUGGGUUUGUGUAUUUCUGGUUGACACACCAUGGCGCUUCCCAGCACGGACAUGUGACCAGCAUGGUCCAGAAAAAAAAAAAAAAGACACAAAAAAUCUAGAAAUAAAAUUGGUAAAAUCCCA